GGCACUUUUCUGAAAAGGAGUUUAAGUGAAGUUCAGUUACCGCUGUGAAGCAGCAUAGUGCGUUUCGUGGUGAUGUGAUUUGUUAUGCUUUAGUUUGAAUCACGUGAUUAUUUUUAGCGAAAUUAAAAAACAAAGUGUAUAUCUUAUCAAUAUACAAUAUAUUCAUACAUUCCGUAACGUUUUUUUGAAAACCUAUUAAUAACGAUGAACAUCUCAAGUUUUACUGUCUUUUUAUAUUCAGAAAAUGGGUCAUACUACGAUUAAGGUUUUGCGUCUUGGCUGUGCUAAGGUAUGGAAAUAAUACCGUUUAAGUGCGUGCUUACGAACUUGACUGUUUGAAUAUUUAUUUCAAUAAUAUUCUGAAAAUUCUUAAGUAAGCGGCAUGAAGUAUGCAGGCUUCUUUAUCAAGAAAAAUGAUAGGAUGCAUCGGAAAGUGUACUUCUGGUUUAAAACGCGAAGAAUUGGAUCAGAUAACAGAUAAUAUUAUUAAAACUCUAACGGAUCCGCGUGGUAGACAAAUAUUUCGAAGAUAUUUGGAACAACGAGAUCUUCAUGAUAAUCUCGAAUGUUUAGAUUUAUACGAAACUUGUUCGGAAUUUAUCGAGAAAGAACAAAACACGUUGUCGAAAGAUUUGAAUUUAGAAGGCUUACAAAAUGACGUUAGGAGCAUGAAAGUAUUUCUCGAAGAUUUGGAUGGUGUUCCACAGAUAGAUUUAGCACUCUUGGAACGUUUCAAUGAUGCUCUAAACAGUGAGUCCAGAAUAACGAUGCUCGCAGUUAUGGAAGAUACGAGGGAACGUUUGACAGAUCAUUUAAGAAGUGCACAUGGAAGUUUUAAACGAUAUGCAUCAGAACCAUGUCCUAUGACUAAAUAAAGUGUUACAAUUUUUUGUUGUAUAAAAUCGAUGUAUUAUUAUAUUUUUAAUAUAACGCGUUAUUAUAUAUGGUACCAAUAUGUUUUCAAGUGAUAUUUUAAGAUUUACUAUCUUGUAAUUACAUAUACACUUAUAAUAAUAGAUAUAUUGUAUUGCACGAAAGAAACUAUAUUUUUGAUGACGAAACCAA